AUGCACGCCAUCAGACUUGAUAAAGGCCCAGAAGCACCCAACUUCCCCUCUUGGAGGCCUGGGCCUCAGCCCAGUGAAGUCAGAUGGGUCUUUGAGGUGGAUGAGUGCUCAGUGGUGCUGAAAAGCGAGGUUGGGGCUGAGGAUGUCUUCAACUCUAGUGCAUUUAAGUCCCACAAUAACAGAACCUUUCACACCUCCUGUCCUACAGCUAUCCUAAGAUGUGAAAUAAAAGGGAAAGGUAAGAGAAAUAAGAGUCCAACGAGGGAGACAGUUUCUUUCCUUAGGAGGCUCCCCUCCAGGUCCCAUCCUCUCUCCCUGAGUACCAUCUCUCCCUUCUCCAAGUACCUGACUCCUUGGGUACCCUCUGUCUCCUCAGCGGCCCUGGGAGAACCUCAGCUCUGCUAUAUCCUGGAUGCCAUCCUGUUUUUGUAUGGUAUUGUCCUCACCUUGCUCUACUGUCGACUCAAGGUCCAGGUGCGAAAGGCAGCUAUAACCAGCUAUGAGAAGUCAGAGGCUGUGUAUACGGGGCUGGACACCCGAACCCAGGAGACAUAUGAGACUCUGAAGCAUGAGAAACCACCCCAGUAGCCUUAGAACAAUUGUCCUUGGUCACAUAUUUCUUCAUCUUCUAAUUCUCCUUCCAGCCCUCAUGGUUAGUGUUACAUAAUCCUAUUCACUGCUUAAACCACCUGAAUGUACCUCAGUAAUGAUAAUAAGCCCCAAAUUAACAUACACCCGUGGUUCCUUUUUUCCUGUUAAAGACUUAAGCUCAGAUGCUAGCUACUAAUGUUUAUUUUCUAAGUUACUCUCUUGCUCCAACUUUUUCCCCUUCCCCAUUGUCAACUCCCACUAAACAAUGGAAAGGGAGUACCUCAAUAAAGCUGUUCCAGACUAUAUUUUA